ACUUUUGUCAGUUUCCUUUAAAGUUCGAAUUUUUUGUCAGUCUUUCCGUGUGUAGCCUGUUAGCUAGAGAUCAUUACUGUAAAAAGGGGUCCAUUGCUUGUUGAGAUGGAUGUUGCUUAUAUAAAGAUCCAACCUUGGCCACCAAACAACUUUCAGCUUGCAAUUCAUUCACAUUUGAACUAGAAUGGGGGACUUCUCUUUACUUCAAAACACCCCAGUUGAGUUACCUACAGAGGGAGUUGAUGAGAGAGUGAAAAUGUUGCUCGAGUACUUCAAAUCAGAAGAAGACAUGGGAUGUGGCGACAGCUUUGCAGAGAGAGCUGAAUGGUACUAUCAGAAACGCCCUCAACUUCUUGCUUUACUUCGAGACUUGUACAAUGGGUACACAGCCUUGGCGGACAGAUGCAGUAGAAUGGAAAAGGGCAAGAAACUUAGCAAUCAUUUCUCAUAUCCGAUGUUAAUGGCUCUUGAUGAUGACCAAGAUCAAGAAGGUAGUGGUGGAUCUAGCAGCUGCCAGUUUCUUGAUUGGGAUGCUGAGAGUUCUAUGUCUUACCAACAACCAACAACCCCCUUUCAAGAUGGCAGUGAUACCGUUCUUGGCAUCGAUGAGGUUGUAGUUGAUCUUGUAAUGAAGAAUGUAGAGAACGAUAUAUUAGCAGACCAGCUUAGUGAAAUGGAGAAGCAGCAGCAAGGCCAAGAAUCAAUAUGGAGAAAAGUAGAGCUAUUAAAGAAACUUCUUGAGGUGUUAGAGUCAGAGAGGAUAGUGUUACUGAAUGAGAAUGUGAGAUUGGGGUACAAAAUGCAAGCUGUGUUGGAAGAAAACAAAGGGUUGUCAUCUGAAGCAGUGUUCUUAAAGAGGAAAGCUGGUGAGCUAGCUAGGUGUGUGUUAAAAAUGAGGGAGGAUCAUAGGGUGUCUAUGCUUACUAGAAAAAUUGAGGAUCUUCAAGGACAGAUAUAUGGGUUGGAGAUGAGAAACAAGGACUACUAUCUGCAGUUGUUGAGGAAAGAGCUGCAAGGAGAAGAGAAAAUCAGCAGCAGAAAAGAUGAUGGCGUCGCUUUUGUAGGCUGUUGCUUUCAAAUAGAGAAGCUGAAAUUGAAGAAAAAGGAUGGAGCUUCUGUUAGUAAAGGUGGUGCAAAGAGACGGCCAAAAUGGUGGGAAAAGGUCAAGAGCAUGGACUUGUUUAUGUGUGGCUUUCAGUGUUCCCCUUGACAUUCCAUGGCUACCUCCCCAGACUGUUACCGCUGCUGCAUCAGAUGGGAGUUCCAGGCAGAUAUUUUUAGUUUUUUCUUCUUCCUAGUUUGGCUCAUAUCAAUUAAGUAUGGGAUAAUACUAUCUGAUGUCUUAAAUUCUGUUUAAUCCUAAUAGAGAUAGUAAUAUUUUAUCUAAUUAGAUAUUCAUAUAUGUUUUAGCUGAUGCUCAAAAGUUGGAUGGAAAAAUGUUGAUUCUGGCUUAAAAACUCAGUGGAUUGUGUGAAUUUGGCACACAGAUUUUUCCAAGAAAUUUGAGUAUCAAUGCCUAAAUUGCUCGUGGGAUAUUGAA